UAGUUUGUGAGGACCCAGUUAAUCGUGGUUAUUGAGUAAGCCAUGGUUACAUCUCUUUUCCCCUCCUAGGCUCUUCUGGACCAACAUGUCCCAACGGCAUUCAACUGGCUCUCUGGGAGAUAAAGAUCUCCUUCAGGACCAUCAGAAUCAGCCCAUCAGCAGCAACAGCGUGUCUCCACAGGAGAAAUGCACUUCCAUGUCCGCAUUGGAGGGCACUGGCCUUCUGGCCGAAGGCCCACCAUCGCUCCCCAAGCCGCGGAGGAUCAUCCUCAGCACCAAAAGUCCCGCUGCCCUCAAAGUGGGCACCCAGCAGCUCAUUCCCAGAAGCUUAGCCGAGGUUCCCAAGUCCAAGGUUCCCAUCCGCCAUCAGAGUUUCUCCGAUGAGGCGGUGGGGGGCAGAGAAGCAGUCCAUUUGGACCCCAAGCAUUUGUCAGCUCCCAGCAUUACCCUGGAGGAUCCGGAGGACGAGCUGGUUGUGGGCGAGGGGACGCUGAAACGCAAUUUGCGCAACAUGUCCUACCGGGCGGCGAUGAAGGGCGUGAAGAACGGCGGUGAACCAGAGCUAUCCAAGGGCUCUGUGGGGCUCAAGCCAGUGUUGGAGGAAACCAAACCCCCCAAUAGCCGGAGCCCUGGGAGGAGCAAGCGGACGUUGGGGCGCAAACGCCUGCAGCAUCACGGCGGUUCUUUCAAAGAUGAUCCCCGCUUGUAUCAAGAGAUCCGAGAGAAGGGCCUCAACUCCAUCAAUCACGAGUCGGACGAUGACCUUCUCGAAGUAGACGUCAUUCCUGAGAAGCAUCCGCCUGCCAACGCGGUCAUCAUGGUGAAAAGCUACCGCCCUGCUCAUGCCACCUGGAGCCAACAGCCCGAGGUCCUGGAAACUGGCAUCUUGGACCGGAUAUCGCCGGAAGAACGCAAGAGGCAGGAGGCCAUAUUUGAGAUUAUCACCUCCGAGUAUUCCUACAGCCAUAGCUUGACGAUCCUCGUUGAGCACUUUCUGAAAUCGGAGGGGCUGCGCGAGACCAUGACGCAGACGGACCACCACCACCUUUUCUCCAACGUCGGGGACAUCCUGGCUGUCAGCAAGAGCUUUUUUGAGGACUUGGAGAAGAGGCACCAGGAGGAUGUCGUGAUCUUGGAGAUCAGCAACAUUGUGGAAGCGCACGCCUCCCAGCACUUCAACCCCUACGUCGUCUACUGCUCCAACGAGGUGUACCAGCAGAGGACCCUUCAGAAGCUGUUAGCCACAAAUGCUGCCUUUAAGGAGACAUUAAAGCAGAUUGAGCAGAAGCCAGAAUGCGGCGGCCUCCCCUUGAUUUCAUUCCUCAUCCUUCCGAUGCAGAGGGUGACCCGCCUGCCUCUCCUCAUGGACACCGUCUGCCAAAAAACUCAGGUGGACACAACUGCUUACCAUGCAGCCACUCAAGCUCUGAAGGCCAUCAGCAAGCUUGUGAAGAGGUGCAACGAGGGGGCCCACGCCAUGGAAAGGACCGAACAGAUGUGCAGUUUGCAGAAUCAGCUGGAUUUUGGAAAAGUCAAGAACUUCCCGCUGAUCUCAGCUUCCCGGUGGCUGUUGAAAAGGGGCGAAGUCUCCCUCCCUCUGGUCGAAGAAGCCGGGAUUUUCCGGAAGGGCACCGGGCGGGGAAGCUGUUACCUCUUUGUCUUCAACGAUGUCCUGAUCCUCACCAAGAAAAAAAGCGAGGAGAGUUACGCCGUCCUGAACUACGCCAUGCUGGAGCAUCUCUCGGUGGAGAAGAUUGAAAACCCCGAGGGUGUGGCUGGCCUUGUCCGCGGUGGCCGCCUCUUCCGCCUGGACUUGCAGAAGAACAGCGAAGGCAAACCGGAGGUGGUCAUCCUGGCCACAGAGUCCCGGAGUGACAGGGCUCGGUGGAUCAGCGCGUUGACGCACAGAGAGGAGAAAGAGGCCAGCACAGCAGAGAAGGGAGCACUCAAACAGGUAGAGAUCAUCCGAGCCUACCUCGCUAAGCAGGCAGACGAGAUUUCACUCCAACAAAUGGACGUUGUCCUGGUCUUGAACAGGGAAGAAGGCUGGUAUUUGGGGGAGCGUCUGCGUGACGGGGAGCAGGGCUGGUUCCCGCAAGCUUGCGCCCAGGAAAUCACCAAUCGCAACGCCGUCGAGCGCAACGUGCAGCGCAUGGAACGCCUGCGCAUCGAGACAGACGUGUGACAUUGGAGCGCAUGGAAUCUCAAUCGGCUUGGAUGCUGAGAAAUCAGAAGGUAUUUCAAGGGCCGGGGGUUGCUAAUCUGGAUGCCGCACACUUCAAUUCCUCCCGGACGGAACACGGACUCCCGUCUUUUUUAAUAAACUGGAUCGUAGGAGGACCACUGCCCAAAGCACUCCUUUGCACCUUCCAGCGAAGCUGAACUGAAGAGCUGCCUCUCUGGGUGGGUGCUGCUCCGAAAAGAGGUCGGCAACUGGCAGCCGUCGGACAGAUCCUUCCCCUUUUGCAGUUUUAAAAAAAACCACAGAACUGAGUAAUUUUUAUGACAACUUGGUGGCUGACCAUUAUGUCUUCAUCUGCUCCCCUUUUCCAAUAAUUCCUCAGCGGGCCUCUUAGGUAACACCUCCAGGUUGGCCUCCUGCAAGCAAUUCUAACUUCUGAAUGGCCCCACUAUUUCAUUUUGGGCAUAACUCAUUUUCUCUCUGUAAAUCAUUUGCAAUGAUGCCAAAUGUGUUUCUGAAAUCCAACUCUGUAGCUGAUUCUCUUUCUGGCUUCUCCACUACCGCCUGAUCCUAUGAACUCUUGGGUUAGUUGCAAAUUACCUUCCAAAAUACUCCUUGAAUAAAACAAAGGGGGAUUGUGCAUUUCAUGGGGCACAACUCUUAAUCUGAGAGAAUCAAAUUACCCACUUGAGCAGUUGGGGGAUGCAAGAUUGCAUGCAGAUUAACAAAAUGAAUGGCGGUGUUAAGUCUCGCUUUUGAAAAGCACCCACAACCAAUAUUUUUGGGUGUUUAGGAUGGUGUCGGGGUUGAAUCUUAAGUUCUCCCAGAAUUCCCCAGCCUGGGGAAUUCUGGGAAAUGGACUUCACACGCCUUUUGGGGAAGCUGGCCUGUAUCUUUCCAUAGUCACAUUCUUGCAGGCUGUUUUUACAUCCAUUCACUGUCCAUAUUUCCUAAUACGUUGUGUUCCACAGAAUUCUUUUAAGCCUCUUUAUUUAAUGGGAAGGAAGCAGAAAUUGUGUUUGCAUGCUUUUUUUCCCUCAAAGAAGAAAAGGCAAUUGGUGAAAUGCACAGGAAGCAAAGGUAAGAGUUUUGCAAUUAGUCUCCAGAUCUUCAAUCUCAGAUAUGCAGAUGAUACCACUUUUAAAAUUUAAAAUUAAUAAUAAUUUACUUAAAGCUACAUUGCAAAGCCUCCUUGCUUGGAGAAAGGACCACAUCUGGAUGGAUCUAUACCCAGAUGUAUGCUAGAAUAUGUGAAGAAAGCUGGAAUGAAGGAGAAGAGGGGAAUGUUGGGCUAAAAACAUUACUUGCGUACAGGUAGUCCUCGUUUAAUGACCACAAUUGGGACCGGAAGUUCAGUUGCUAAGUGAAGUGGUCAUUAAGCGGGUCUGACCCGAUUUUACCGCCUUUUUUGCGAUGGUUGUUAAGCGAAUCACUGCAGCCGUUAAGCAAACUACAUGGUCAUUAAGUGAAUCACACAGUUCCCCAUUGAUUUUGCUUGCCAGAAGCCAGCCAGGAAGGUCGAAAAUGGCAAUCACAUGGCCACAGGAUGCUGCGACGGUCAUAAAUGUGAACCCGUUGCCAAGUACACAAACCAUUAUCACGUGACCUCAGGGACGCUGCAAUGGUCAUAAGUGUGAGGACCAGUCGUAAGUCAGAUUUUUCAGCACCAUGUAAGUCUGAACCAUCACUAAACAAAUGGUUGUUAAGUGAGGACUACCUGUAGCCAGCUUGGUUUUUCCAGAUUUUGCCAAGGAUUUACAAAUUAAAAGUAGCAAAACAAAAUAGAAGCAAACAAGAUUGCUUAAUUCUGAUUUUCUUCUGUUCUGGCUGAUUAAAGAAAAUGAGCAAGGUUGUUUGGUUCUAA